AUGAGUAUCAUAAUUAUAAUCAACAACAAGGUCAACAACAAGGUCAACAACAACAACAAGGUCAACAACAACAACAACAACAACAACAACAACAACAACAACAACAAGGUCAACAACAAGGUCAACAACAACAACAACAACAACAACAACAACAACAACAAGGUCAACAACAACAACAACAACAAGGUCAACAACAAGGUCAACAACAACAACAACAACAAGGUCAACAACAACAACAACAACAACAACAACAACAACAAGGUCAACAACAACAACAAGGUCAACAACAACAAG